AUGGCAUCAGCUGGGCGCGGCGUGGCCAAGGUCCUUGGUAUCAACGUUGACUAUCGCAAAGAGGCAGACCCGCUCGAGAACUCGGGCGCUUCGUCGGUGUCUUCAGUCGACACCUAUGUUGAGCGGGAGCCUACUGCGAUCGAGUACCUCUCCAAGUUCACGCCUUCAUUCGGAGCGUUCAAGCGCUAUCUCCGCAGCUUGUUUCCCUUCCUUGACUGGAUCUUCCACUACAACUUGACAUGGCUCUUUGGAGAUGUUGUCGCUGGCGUGACUGUUGGCUUUGUUGUCAUUCCUCAGGGUAUGGCAUAUGCUUUGUUGGCAAAGUUGCCAGCUGAAUACGGUUUGUACACCAGCUUCGUCGGUUUUAUCCUUUACUGGGCGUUCGCAACAUCCAAGGACAUCACCAUCGGCACUGUAGCCGUUAUGAGCACGAUUGUGGGCAACAUCGUCACAAAAGUGCAGAAAGAGCAUGCCCACCUCCAGGCUGUCGACAUCGCUAGGGCGUUGUCGGUCAUUGCUGGCUCGGUGCUGCUCUUCAUCGGUCUCGUCCGCCUCGGCCGCCUCGUCGAAUUGAUUCCCCUGGUUGCCAUUACUUCGUUCAUGACCGGUGCCGCCAUCAGUAUUGGAGCAGGCCAAGUACCAGCACUCAUGGGUAUCUCUGGCGUCAACACCCGUGGACCAACCUACCUCGUCAUUAUCGAUACUCUCAAGGGUCUCCCACGGACGAAGCUGGACGCGGCAAUGGGCUUGAGCGCCCUGUUCAUGCUUUACGCCAUCCGUUCAUUCUGA